AGUCGUGCGCGGGGAUGGCGCUGCGCGGGUCGCUGCGGUUCCUGCUCCCGCUGCUGCUGGCGGCCGCCCGCCCGGCCCCGGGGCGCUGCUCGGGGCCCUCCCCGUCGUCUGCCUCGCACUCCCUCCGCUUUUUCUACACGCUGAUGUCAGAGCCCGGGCAGGGCGUGCCCCACUUCCUCGCCGAAGGCUACGUGGACGACCAGCUCUUUGCACGCUAUGACAGUGUCACCAAGAGGGCGCAGCCGCAGGUGCCAUGGAUCGAGCCCAUUGAGAGGGAGCACGCCCACUUCUGGGAGCAGAACACGCGCCGGGCCCUCAACUCGGAGCUGCGCUUCCGGGGAGACCUGGCCACGCUGCAGAGCCACCAGAACCAGAGCGGGGGCUCUCACACGUGGCAGCGCAUGUACGGCUGUGACCUGGGGGCGGAUGGGCGGCGUGGCGGCCACAUGCAGUAUGCCUACGAUGGGGCGGACUACAUCAGCCUGGACAAGGACACGCUCACCUGGACGGCCGCCAGCCCCAUGGCCCACGUCUUCAAGCGCAAGCGGGACGCCGACCUGGCCUACUCCCAGCACCUGAAGGUCUACCUGGAGGAGGAGUGCGUGGAGUGGCUGCGCACCUUCGUGGCCUACGGGAAGGAGGCGCUGAUGGCGAGAGAGCCCCCUGUGGUGAGGCUGGCCCGCCAGCAGGGCCACAGCCACCAGGAGACCCUCGUCUGCAGGGCCCACGGCUUCUACCCGAAGGAGAUCAGCACCACCUGGAGGAAGGACGGGGAGGCCUGGACUGAGGGGACCCUCCACGGAGGUGUCGUCCCCAACGCGGACAUGACUUACCACACCUGGGUCAGCAUCCGGAUCAACCCCACCGAGAGACACCGCUACCAGUGCCACGUGAAGCACCCCGGCCUGCCGGAGCCCCUCAUCCUGGCCUGGGAGGAGCCUGACUCGCCUGACUGGGGGCUCCUGGCUGGAGUCGCCGCAGCAGUCGUGGCCGCCACCGCCCUGCUGGGGGCAGGGAUCGCCUUCCUCCUCAAGCUACGGAGAGCCAGAGCCGAGGGCUACAAAGCUGCCUCAACAGGUGACCAGGGAUCAGACAGUUCCGUCAAGGCGUGAGGCCCCGGCGGUGGGAGAAGAUCGCGGGGGGAUCUGGCCACAUCCUGCUGUGAAUCGUCUGCUCCCGGUUUGGCAGCAUCCCCAUCCACAUGUUCAGGAUUACAUGAGUGGAGCUGGCUGGAGCUGGAGUCAGACUAGAUGGCCUGAGAGACCCCUCCUGACUCACUUUUUUUCUGUUUCUAUGUUUUCUAUGUUUCUACAACUUGGAUUUUGGGGUGGAAGGAUUCCUUAUUUCCUCACUGACUUUUAAGUGAAACAAUACAGGGGUUUCUUUGCUCAUGGA